GGACAAUGCCGACAAGAAUCGCAUCAGCGGGUCAUAAAUGGCAUGUCAGACUUAAGCUCCCUCAAUCGGCAAAGCACAGCGCAUCUUGAGGUCAAUGAGAAACAUCGUCCUACAUUCGUCAAGGUCUAUAUGAUAUUCAUCCCCAGAAAUGUCGCAUGGGUCAUUCCUUGGGUCGCGUAGAUCGCCCGGUCUUAAAAACAUCGAGCGCAUCUACUCGAACUACCGUUCCGAGUCUGAGAUGCCACAGACGCCACAACAGAACAUAGGAGAUUCCUCCGCGAAGGUAUUUGCGGAGCUGCUAUCCGGCCCACUGCUGGAGAUCGUUGUAGGAUCCGAGGGCCGCAGCUGGCACCUUCACCAGAACCUGCUCAUCCAUCAUACUCGGUUCUUCGACGAGUCCCACAUGAUCAACGGCGAGCAUAGACGAAUAAAGGACGGCAAACUGGAGCUCCGCGACGAAGACCCGACCGCUUUCGAACUGCUGGUCAAAUGGAUGUACCAAGGCAAGAUUGACGAUGUAUCAUGGAUGCCCAAGGACGUCAAAUGGGACUAUGCCUUCACCUGCCAGAAGCUAUACAUACUCUGCGAAACAAUAGGACUACAGGAGCUCCAGAAUCAGGCGAUCGAUCAGUUCCGCCGAGGUUGCCAUGAGGCUGGACUCGUACCUGGACCUGAGGAGAUGAAGCCCAUCUAUGAGAGAACACGGCCAUCUUCGCCUUUUCGCAAACUCGUCAGCAGGAUAGCCGCACGGCAAAUCAUGGAUCCAGCGUCAGAAAAGGAUGCCUCCUCAUACAAGGACUGUUUCGCCCUUUCUCCAGAUUUUGCGGUCGAUGUCAUCAAUGCCAUCAAAGUUGGCACGGGUGGCUCGCUUUUUGAUGAUCCGACAGAGGGGAACUCCUGCCGAUACCACGAGCAUGAAGAUGGUGAGACUUGCCACAAGACUGUCAAAUUCAAAGACAUAUCUUGAUGGCUGAUUUGUUUCAGAACGCAAUAUCGAUACACGAAGCAUCUCCUCGGAGUCAACAAUGAUUACGGCGGCGCCGAAAUGGCCGGCAAAAUUGUCGAUGAAAACGCAAAUUCCUUCAUAUCUGCUUAGCUACGUCGAAGUUUCUGGGCUUUUGUCCACGAGUGUAGCCUUA